AUGGAUUCAUUCAAAACUCCACAAACAGCGGCUGAUGCCAAAGCUUUCACAUCAUCAAAUUCUUUUGCCUAUCCAACAGCGUCUCAAGAUUUGUCAGAAAUCAAACAAGAUCCUUCAUUAGUUGCUGAACCUGUUAAUGGUGAUGCUGAAGAUUCAACAACUUCAGGAAUUGUUCCAACUUUACAAAAUAUUGUUGCCACUGUGAAUUUGGAUUGUCGUUUAGAUUUGAAAACAAUUGCAUUACAUGCUCGUAAUGCUGAAUAUAAUCCAAAGCGUUUUGCUGCUGUUAUUAUGCGUAUUAGAGAACCAAAAACUACUGCUUUAAUAUUUGCAUCUGGUAAAAUGGUUGUUACUGGUGCUAAAUCUGAAGAUGAUUCCAAAUUAGCUUCAAGAAAAUAUGCAAGAAUUAUUCAAAAAUUGGGAUUUAAUGCUAAAUUUACUGAUUUCAAAAUUCAAAAUAUUGUUGGUUCAUGUGAUGUUAAAUUUCCAAUUAGAUUAGAAGGUUUAGCAUUUAGUCAUGGUCCCUUUUCAAGUUAUGAACCUGAAUUAUUCCCAGGUUUAAUUUAUAGAAUGGUUAAACCGAAAAUUGUCUUGUUGAUUUUCGUUAGUGGUAAGAUUGUUUUAACAGGUGCCAAACAAAGGGAAGAAAUUUAUCAAGCUUUUGAAGCUAUCUAUCCCGUCCUUAAUGAAUUUAGAAAGUUAUGA